AUGCGGCAUCGCGUCUGUGAUCCGCGCGUCGGCGUCGCGUCGACGACGAGACGGGACGCGGGACGACGGCGAGGGCGCGAGCGGGCGGUGACGCGCGCGCGCGCGGGGAAGGGGGGCGAUGGGUUCACCUGGGGCCCGUCGAGGGCGGUGUGGAGGAAGUUUGAGGACGCGUGCGGGGACGUCCCGGCGCGGUGGUACUUCCGUCCGCUGCAGGGAGCGAUCGCGCUGACGUUGGCGGGUGUCGUCGACGCCGGAUUCAGUGGUGAUUGGAGCCGGAUCGGGGUGCUGACGACGACGCAGGAGGGUGAGAUUCGGACGUUUUGCGCCUUUGUCGCGGCGGCGCACGGAACGCUCGCCGUCGCGGCGUACGACGUGGCGAAGAAGCGCGGACGGGAUCCCGCGCUGGCGUUUUUGAAGGUAUUCGUCGUCGGGUCCCUGGCGUUCGUGGGCGAGGCGUUCGAGGACGUCGACGGGGGCGCCGAGGACCGGGAGGCGUAG